AUGUUUGAAGCUCUACAUUCACCGUCCGACUCCAAGUGUACCUGUAGCUGUGAUAUUCAGUCUGAUGGCAAUUCAACCUUCGCCUACUCAAUCCCUGACUACUGUGAAGGUGACAUUCUAAUUCAGGGGAUCAUUUCAGGUGAAGUAGGCCUACAUGGGAGCAAGGAGAAACCUAUUCCACCAGUGACUGCGGUCUCAACUGAGAGCUUCACCAUAAACCACGACACGAGUCUAACACCUCCACCUGUUGAACUUGAACUGCACUGCACACAACCCAAUUCUGGCACAACCACCACAAUACCAAUACAUUGCACCUGGGAUGCCUGCAUCAACUCCGCGAAGAAUCACAGCCCCAUGGUAGAGCCUCCCACUGCUGAGCACAGCUUACCCAGGACCCCAGACAGCAGCCCCCAUUAUCGAGUAGGCCUAGUUGUCAGUGCUACUGGUGUUGUCGUCAUUGUGCUCAUUUGGAUUGCCGUGCAUCGGCGUAAUUCCAUGGAGAAGAAGAAGGAGGAUGUGGAGUGUCCUCUGAGGGAAUCCAGCUCCGAGACGUCGUCAUCAAGCUCCAGUCAACAGCUUCCAGGCCCCCAGGAUCCCACUCCCAUCACGGGCCACGAUGACCACGGAGGAACCUGAGAAGUCACCAUAAAUAAUGGAGAAACACAAGAAGUGGUUGUUAAUCAUGACUUGAACUAUCUGAGCGUUGAUCUGGCCAAGUUGCAACUUCACUUAUCAGAGCACGAGAAUAUCCUGUGUCCAUGGGUGCCUCUGUAUUGCACUGAUUUAAGGCAUAUUGGUUGGACUGACUCGAUAGUGUCAUUUUGCACAGUGUCACAGAGCAUAUUGUAUUACUGUACUGUUACAAACCGAGAAGAAGGUGCCGUCUGAGCCUCUUUAUUUCCCAGGCACAUCAGGGGAUAGCCACAUGGAUUGAUGUAUACUGAUGAUGAGAUACAUGUGAUAAGUGCCUUCCACAUUUCUUUCCUUUCUCUCCUGAGUCCUCUUCUAUUCAUCAGCUUUCCCACUUCACAUAUUGUUACAGUACAAUUCCAUGUAUGUAUUUACUUUUACUUAUUUUCAAUUGUUUUUUUAUCUGAUGUCUAUGUUUUUAUUUAUGUUAUUUAUUUUCAUGAUCAUGUGUUGUUUUGUUCUUUCUUCUCUUUCUAUGUUGGAAUGUACUUGGAAUGUU